AUGGAGAUCGCUUCAACAUCCACAAGUGAUGCCGUGGAUGUGUUGAAAAGAUGCUUAGCUGGUGGAACUGCUGCUGCAUUCAGUAAAACCACUACAGCACCAUUUGAUCGUGUGAAGCUUCUUCUGCAGCUCGAAAAUCAUGGAAGAGCAGUGGCUCGCCCUUACAAUGGUAUGCGAGAUUGCCUUCGACGGGUAUCCAUGGAGCAGCUCGAAAAUCAUGGAAGAGCAGUGGCUCGCCCUUACAAUGGUAUGCGAGAUUGCCUUCGACGGGUAUCCAUGGAGCAGGGUUUUCUAUCGUUAUGGAGAGGAAACUGCGCGGGUGUGAUGAGAUGCUUUCCAAGUCAUGCAUUGAACUUUGCACUGCGAGACUUCUACCGGAAUUUGCUGCUGAAAGGCGUGGAUCGUCAGCGGCAGUUUCGACGUUUCGUUGCAGGGUCUGUUGCAUGCGGAGGCCUCGGCGGCGCCACCGCUCUAUUAUUACUAUAUCCAUUUGAUUUUGCCCGUACACGACUAGCUGUUGACGUGAAUUCUGAUGGCUCAAGGAAAUUCAAAGGCAUGCUGGACUGUCUGGAAACGAUUAGAAAACGUGAGGGCUGGCUAAGUUGGUACAGAGGUUUCAACGCUUCCGUGCAAUUUGUCAUUGCAUCGCGUGCUGCUUUUUUCGGACUUUUUGACGUGAUUCGCACUAGCGUGGCAGAUCCGAAGCAACUGCAUUUCCUUACCACAUGGAUGCUGGCACAGGUUUGCCUGAUUGGCUCCGGUCUGUUGUGCUAUCCACUGGACACGGUUAGGCGACAAAUGAUGAUGCAGGCAGGGAAACGUCAGAAAAUGUUCAGCAAUUCUUGGAGCUGCUGGAAGCAUAUUGCAAGGAGCAAAGGCUACCGAGGCUUUUACCGUGGUGCAAUGACGAAUUCAUUCCGUUCAACUGGUGGUGCUCUAAUCAUAACGUUUUAUUAUGAAUUUGCGAAAUACCUCUAG